CCAGCAAGAAACUCAUCUGAGACACUGUCCCAGGUCACAUCAAAAGCGCCGCCCCAGGAGGUCCGCGCCAGCUGACUUUUUCUUUGCUGCCGCAACCAUUUCCUGUAAUCCUUCUCAAGACAUUCCAUUUGCCUGUAGAUGCUUGCAGGAGACGCUGACGUAUCUCCUGUACUCAAGAAAAUCACCCGUAUAUCGAUCGACGCUAGAGGCGGACAUCUGAAGAUGCGCAUGCACGGAUGUGUCGCUGGCUGUCCAAACUCUACUGUCCAGAUGUAGAAGCAGUUGAAUUCCAAGGGACCGGAAUCCUGGAUUUCCUCGAUUCCAGGCAAGAGGUUUCUCGUUUUUUUGUCGGCAAACGGGGAGAGUGAAUCCGACGAAGUGACGAUGUGCGCGUUUGGUGUUCCAUUCCCGGGAGGAGACGAACACCCAAACAGGAGUAGAACUUCUUUUUGAAAAGAAACUCAUUUCCAUAACGUAUUUCGAGCUACGCUGGCGACACUGUACUAUGUCAAUGUGACGCAGCUUUCAUCUUGAUCUACAUGGGGGUUUUCAUUGCUGUCUAGAACGAUAUUUUGUCUCCUCUUGCGGGAAUACGGCGUUGUGUUCCCCUGUCUUGACGGAUCACUCCUCUCUCCAUCUGGUCUCCUCCUUUUCACCUCAUCUGUGCUCUCUUUCAAGCGUUCGUUGCUCCGACUCUUUUUCUCAUUCCGACGAGAGUCUCUUCCACGGGCUCUGCUCCUCUCCUGUCUGUUUCCUCCGUGUUGCUUGUUCUGUACUCUGUCCACCGUCGCCGCCUGUCCACUUUCCCGCGGGCUGUUCACCUUUUUUUUCCCCCGUCCUCUCUUCCUCCGCUCUUGCUUCGAUUCCUUUUCUUUUUCCCUCACGCCCUGUCCUUUCUUCGUCUCCCUUCCCUCCUUCUCUUGCUUUUUUCACUGUCUCUCUUGCCUCUGCUAGUCGCCUCUUCUUGACCCUUGUUCUGUGUCUCGCCGUCUCUGCAAUGUCAGACCCAGGGGCCGGUCGGGGUCCUCGGACCGAGGGCUUUGGGAAGUCGUACCAAGGUGUACCUUUUCUGUAUCACUUGUCGUUUCUGCAUGACUUGCUCAAUUACGCCACGGCUCUUUUGUGGCUGUUGGCGUAUGUAGCCCUGAUGCUCAAAGUCCAGCGCGAGCGGAACGCGUACGGUUUAUCGUUUCAGUCGCUCUUUGCCUUGGUCUGGGUCGAAGUGAGCAAUGUUCUUCUUAUUCUUUGUUUGCUCGUGUACCACAACAAGCCGAUCCACGCCGAGUUCUUCAUCGUCGACUGCUCCUCGGCCCUCAUCUCACUCGCUGCCUUCGUGUACAUCAACCGAUACUUCAGCUCGACCUACGAGAGUCAGCGCGACAACUUUGGCAAGCGCUUCUGCCGCAUGCUCUGCGGGAAGUUCUGCGUGGAAAAGUUCUCUUGGCUCUUUCUCUACUUCGUCGCCUUCGUCAUCUCCUGUCCUAUGUUCCUUCUGCGCCGCUCCAAGUACGCGGCGCCCCUCUCGGUCAUCGCCAGCAACGGCAGCCUCCGCCUCAUCGCCUUGACCUUCCUCUCCUUCUGGGAGUGCUUCAACGACAGCGUCCUUGCCCUCGCUCUCGUGCCGCAACUCUUCAUGUUCUACAACAAACGCCCCAGAAAAGUCACCAACCUCCUCGGCACCUUCGUCGCCCUCCUCUUCUUCGCUCGCAUUUGCGCCUUCCUAUACUGGCUUACAUUCACGUGGUUCCAUACAUCUGAGCCGACGGGUCGCGGCAUCCAUUUGUUGACAGAGGCGCUGAACAUUCUGAUUCUCCUAGAUUUCCUCUACCACUACAUCCGUGCGAAGCUCGCUGGAGAGCGAGACAUUUCUCUCCCCAUUUAAGGCAUGCAGAGACGUGUCAUGUGGAGCUACGAGAAAUUACUGUUCUAUUUCUCCACACUCUCCCGUGUCUCGACGCUAGAGAGGGGCAGGUGGGAUGAAGCGGACGACAGCGUUCUUGCAAGGCCAGAGACCAAGAGGGGUCGGUAGCAUUUCUCGCGGUGAGUUGGAGUUUCAAGAACGAAGUUGCACAGUCUCGCCUCACUGCUUCAGGGUCCGCGCUGAUCGUCGUUGAGACAUAUUUAUCACCGAAGACGCGCUUGGGCAAGGCAAAACGAGGGCGGAUAUGUGCUCAUCAUUUCCCUGAAAACAACAUGGCUGGAAAUGUCUCUUGCCUCGCGUUUCCGAACGAAUCAACAUGCCUCCAAACGCCGGUGAUGUCCUCGCCUGUAUCGUCUGUUUGCGCAUACAGCGGGCAGGACACGGUACUCAGAUUAUAUUUCCAAUGCCAUGCAUCCGUCUGUUUUUGCCUUCCUGCCGAGCAUACGCCUCCCAGAGGUGAUGUGCGUCGAGUGAGUGGGAAGUGAUCCGAGGAAACAACUUGCCAAGAAACCAUCACGAUAGGAACAGA